CCCAGAUGGUCAUAGUCGAUGUCAAAUGCAGAAUCUAUAAUUACUGCUAUUGAAAACUAUAUGAACAGAAAAGAGCAAGUCUGAAGUUUUCACACAAUAUCUGUAGUACGUUAACGAGUGGGUGGGAACUACAUUAACUAGCUACUCGUCUCUAAAGUGAACUUCGAGAUCAAACGUCAUUCGGCGGCAUGUCUCCAUGACAGGAGUCGACCGUUGCGCGCAAGAAAAGGUAGCCUCGUCUGGGGUGCAGGGAAUCUAUGGAGACUUGAAAUUCUGACGGAAUCACACGGAGAACGUCAGGUUCUUCUGUGUUGCCACAGGCAGGCAGGGCACCAGAUGACUGGUGUGUACUGGGAGUAGGGCUUUGAGCCGCUGCGCUGCGUUGGAGCACAAUUCACAGCCAUGCAGCAGGUGCUGGAUAACCUGAGAGACCUGCCUCCCACCACGGGGGCCAAAGACAUCGACCUCCUCUUCCUCAGGGGAAUCAUAGAGAGCCCCAUAGUCCGCUCCCUCGCCAAGGCCCAUGAGAGGCUGGCGGAGGUGAAGCUGGAGGCUGUGAGAGACAACAACCAGCAGCUGGUCUCAGAGAUCCUAGACUCCCUCACAAGACUGAGUAGUAGAGAUGCCUCCGCUGAGGAACUAGCCAACAUCCUCCAGGAACCACACUUCAAGUCUCUGAUUGAGGCCCAUGACAAGGUGGCAGCUAAAUGUUAUGAGAUGCCGCCGUCGGAGGUGAACAGUAAUGCCAUGGCGACCGGCCCGCUCGUGCCCUCUGACGCCGUCAGGAUGAUUGGCAUUCAGAAGAAGGCUGGCGAACCACUGGGCGUGACGUUCAGGGUGGAACGCGGGGAGCUGGUGAUCGCCAGGAUCCUGCACGGCAGUAUGAUUGACCGGCAGGGCAUGCUGCACGCGGGCGACGUCAUCAGGGAGGUGAACGGGCGCGAGGUGGGCAGCGAUCCCAAGGAGCUGUUGGAGCUGCUGAGGGACUGCCAGGGGGGCAUCACCCUCAAGAUCCUGCCCAGCUACCGCGACACUCCAGCACCCUCACAGGUGCAUCUGAAACCCCACUUUAACUACAGCCCAGCCACAGACAACCUGAUCCCCUGUAAGGAGGCUGGCCUGGCCUUCUCUAAAGGAGAUGUAUUGCACAUUGUCAACAGAGAGGACCCUAACUGGUGGCAGGCAGUCAACAUUGUGGGAGGAGCCACGGGACUGAUCCCCAGUCAGUUCUUAGAGGAGAAGAGGAAGGCCUUUGUGAGGAGAGAAUGGAGUGGAUCAGGCGUUCUCUGUGGGACACUAACAGGAAAGAAGAAGAAGAAGAAGAUGAUGUACCUGAUGUCCAAGAAUGCAGAGUUUGACCGCCACGAGCUGCAGAUCUACGAAGAGGUGGCCAAGAUGCCUCCGUUCCAGAGGAAGACCCUGGUUCUGAUUGGUGCUCAGGGAGUGGGCCGGCGCAGCCUGAAGAACAGACUGAUCAUCAUCAACCCCCUGCUCUAUGGAACCACCGUCCCCUUCACGUCUCGGCCUGCUCGGGAGGAGGAGAGAGACGGCCAGUCGUACUGCUUUGUGUCUCGGUCCCAGAUGGAGGCAGACAUUAAGGCCCGUUGCUACCUGGAGCAUGGAGAGUACGAUGGAAACCUCUACGGAACCAAGAUGAAUUCCAUCCACGAGGUGGUGGACGCAGGACGUACCUGCAUACUGGACGUUAACCCACAGGCGCUGAAGCAGCUGAAGACAGCAGAGUUCAUGCCGUUUGUAGUGUUUGUUGCUGCUCCAGAACUGGACACACUAAGAGCUAUGCACAAAGCCGUGGUGGACGCUGGACUCACCACCAAACUGCUCACGGAGACAGAUCUGAAGAAGACGGUGGAUGAGAGCGCCAGGAUCCGCCGGGUCUACAGCCACUACUUUGACCUGACCAUCGUUAACGACAACCUGGACAAGGCCUUUGAGCAGCUGCAGGUGGCCGUGGAGCAGCUGUGUUCUGAGCCCCAGUGGGUCCCCAUCAGCUGGGUGUACUGAGAGACACCGGUCCUGUCCUCUCACCUGCUGCCCUGCCUGGUUAGACUGCUCCCUACUGGGCUGGAGGACACGCCGCCCGCUGCUGGGCCCAGGAGUACAUGGAGACUAGGAAGAGGUUGUCCCUAACCACCACGGUUGGGGUCAAUUCCAUUUCAAUUCAGUUAAUUCAGGAAGUAGACUGAAACUACAAUUCCACAUUUUUCCCAUUGAGGAAAAGUGGAAUGUCAGUGAACUUCCUAAAUUGACUGAAUUGAAAUGGAAUUGACCCCUACAGGGAUGUGAGAGCUGAGGACCCAUUGAGACUUAUUAUGUAUGUAUGGGACUUUACCAUGCAGCCCCGCCGAGCCUAGCCCCACCCCACCUAGCCUCACCUAGCCUAGCCCCACCCUGCCUAGCCUCACCCCGCCUAGCCUAUCCCCACCUAGCCCCACCCUGCCUAGCCUAACCCCACCCCACCUAGCCCCGCCUAGCCCCACCCCGCCGAGCCUAUACCCGCCUAGCCCCACCAUGCCUAGCCUAUCCCCGCCUAUCCCCACCCUGCCUAGCCUCACCUAGCCCAGCCCCACCUAGCCUCACCUAGCCCAGCCCCACCCUGCCUAGCCUCACCUAGCCCAGCCCCACCCUGCCUAGCCCCUCCAGGCUCAGUCUGCUCUGCACCACAGGCCCCAUCUGUACACUAUGCAACACUCUGGAUAUGUCCCAAAUAGCACUCUAUUCCCUAUGUAGUGCACUACUUCUGACCAGCACUACAUAGGGAGUAGGGAGCCAUUCGGAAUAGAACCAAUGUUCACAAUACACAGGAAGUACUUUAUUUAUUGAACAUUCUAACUUUAACUUGACUACCUUUCUGUACAUAUGGAUAUGGAACGAGAAACAAAAUCAUGGAGUUGAGGAUAUUUAAAAAAUAUUUAAUGUUUUAUUUUAUCACUGUUGGUUGCUCACAACUACUACAAUAUUUAUCAUAACGUUUAGAACAAUAAUACAGGAGUAUUUAUUCUGAAAGCAGAUGCGAGGAGGGCUUGCUUUGUGACGAUGAGGAUACCUCAGUGUGUUAACUCUUCUGUUUACAUUUCAUACAGUACUUCAUCUCCUGGCCUUUGCGUCCCAAAUGGCACCCUAUUCCUUAGGGCUCCAGUGAAAGUAGUGCCCUAUCAGCCCUGGUCAAAAGUAGUGCACUACGUAGGGAAUAGGGUGCCAUUUGGGACGCACACAUGGUCUCACGUCGUCGUCUCACGUCGUCGUCGUCUCACGUCGUCUCUGAACCCUCCAUGUAGAAUAACAGCCAUGUUCUCUCUUUAAGGCAGACUAAGGGCUGAGAGACAGAAAUGGUAAUAUCACACCACAUCUGUGAGAUAAAGGUCUUUGUUGCUGUUUCUUGGAUGAGACAAUAAUGUAGGCUAAUACAAUUUCCCCCCCCCCCCCCUUGUUACGUGGCUUUCUUUGUUACGAGAUUGUGAAUGGUUUCAUUAAAGGUCGACUCAGCGAGAUGACGUUGCGUGCACAAAGUUAAGACGUAGUGGAUCCAUUUCCUCGACACCUAGGGAGCGUUGAAGGGCGAGGUUAAACUACUCCGCUGUUUUGGGCCCGUAGCUACCACGUUGUAGCAGUGUGAAGUGCACAUGCGCAGAUACUUUGUGUGACUGUAUGAGAGCAUAGUCUUGCAUCUUGCUCAUCUCUAUAUCUUCGUUGCAACGCCAUCUCGAGGAGUCUACUUUUAACUCCAUUGUAUUGUCAGCGGACGGUCUACCAGUUGGGUCAGUACUCUGUCAGCCCGGUCUGUAUGGUGCUGUGUUUUAUGUUGGAGUAAUAUUUCCAGGAUACUCGUCUGGACCUUGACAGCGUACUGCAUCUCAGAGAACCAUCCCUUUUUGAUGUGAUAUUACUGAAACUUAACUGUUUUUUAACCAAUUGACAUAUCUACUUAAAAGUUAUAUAUUUUACAAUUUCAACAGAGCAAACAUUUGUAUUUUCAGAUGUGUCAAAUAAAAUAACUUUUUUUUUUUUUUUUUUUUUUACAUCUUGAACUUAUCUCAGGUAAUAUUUAUCAUAUCCGGAGUGUGUAAAAAAUGUGACUUAGUUUGUUUCACAGAAGGGUAAAUUUGUUUAUUAAAAAAAGAGAAAAGAAUA